AUGCGGCUCUUACUAGCCCUCACAACUCUCCUCAUCGCACCAGCAAUAUGCGACACGCCACCAGGCAGAGAUGCAAUCCUCCUCUCAAAUGUGAAUACACUUACUCUACACGCACACCGAAUGACCAGCGCCCGCCGCGUCUCUCCAAUCCCUCAACUCAGCUGCGCCGGCCCAUCGAAAAAGAUAUGCAACCUCUACCAACCUGAAGUGAUGCGCUGCACAAACCAAGGCCAUGACUAUGAUGUUGAAGACGUGCAAUGGACAUGCAAGGCCGAUCUGCCUCCUGAAUUCAAGCUUGGCGCUACAGAUGUCAUUUGUGAGGGGUACCGCGACGCAGACGACAAGUGGAUUCUAAAAGGGAGCUGUGGAGUUGAGUACCGUAUGCUUCUUACCGAAAUGGGCGAGAAGAGGUAUGGACGCAGCCAUGGAGAUGAUUUCGACCGGGGUAAGGAUGGACCGAACGGACCUCAAACGACAGCAGAGUCCCUUGGGAAUCUGAUUUUCUUCGGGUUUCUUCUCGUUGUGGCUGUCGUGAUCUUGGCAGCUUGUCUCGGAUCGCAGAACGAUGACAGGACCCCUGGCCAAGGAAGAGGCGGGGGAGGUGGAGAUGGAGGAGGUGGUGGUCCAGGCGGAUAUCCAGGGCCUCCGCCUCCGUAUAGCACCCACGAUCCUUCAAAAUCAAGUGCUCACCAAGAGGGGUGGAAGCCGGGCUUUUGGACUGGGGCAGCAAGUGGUGCAGCUGCAGGUUAUGGCCUGGGGCGAUCAACUGGAGGGAGCCGCAGCACAUCAAGCGGGUCUAGCAACUAUGAUCCAGGCGAAGGAAGCUCGCGCUCGCGCUCGCCGCAAUUUUCCACUCCCUCUUCCAGUACUGGAUUUGGUUCGACCAGACGCAGGUGA